CACGGCGCGAGGUCCCGACGAGAAUUCGCGGGCUGCGGGCUGCGAGUGACUCAGCCUGGAAGGCCCGAAACCCCGGACGUGUGAGAUGGCCUCCAUGGGCCAGUGCUACCACAACCAGACCAUUGGCUUCUUCUACAACAACAGCGGCAAGGAACUCAGCCCCCACUGGCGGCCCAAGGAUAUGGUGGUGGUGGCACUGGGGCUGACUGUCAGCAUGCUGGUGCUGCUAACCAACCUGUUAGUCAUCGCGGCCAUCGCCUCAAACCGUCGCUUCCACCAGCCCAUUUACUAUCUGCUUGGCAACCUAGCUGCAGCCGACCUCUUUGCUGGAGUGGCCUACCUCUUUCUCAUGUUCCACACAGGUCCACGCACAGCCCGGCUCUCCAUUGAGAGCUGGUUCCUGAGGCAGGGCCUGCUAGACGCGAGCCUGACCGCGUCCGUGGCCACACUGCUGGCCAUUGCCGUGGAGCGGCACCGCAGCGUGAUGGCCGUGCAGCUGCAUAACCGCCUGCCCCGUGGCAGGGUCGUCAUGCUGAUCGUGGGCGUGUGGGUGGCUGCCCUGGGCCUGGGACUGCUGCCUGCCCGCUUCUGGCACUGCCUCUGUGCCCUAGAACGCUGCUCACGCAUGGCCCCACUGCUCAGCCGCUCCUACCUGACCGUCUGGGCUCUGUCCAGCCUACUUGUCUUCCUGCUCAUGGUGGCUGUCUACACCCGCAUUUUCUUAUAUGUGCGGCGGCGGGUUCGGCGCAUGUCGGAGCACGUCAGCUGCCAUCCCCGCUACCGGGAGACCACACUCAGCCUGGUCAAGACUGUUGUCAUCAUCCUGGGGGCAUUCGUGGUCUGCUGGACCCCAGCCCAGGUGGUGCUCCUCCUAGAUGGUCUGGGCUGCGAGUCCUGCAACGUCCUGGCCGUAGAGAAGUAUUUCCUACUCUUGGCUGAGGUCAACUCACUGGUUAAUGCCGUGGUGUACUCAUGCCGUGAUGCCGAGAUGCGCCGCACCUUUCGCCACCUUCUCUGCUGUCUGUGCCUCCGCCAGUCCAAACACAUGUCUGACCCAUACGCUGCCUCUGCCCGGACAGGUACCAGCACUCGCAUCAUGCUGCCAGAAAACAGCUACCCUCUGAUGGACUCUACCCUCUAGCCACCCUGGACUUCAGGAGAGGGCAGCAAACACUAGGUUGUAACCCAGACCACUCACGGGUGCACCUGGCACCUGGCUCAACCUAAUCCCCGGGAUGAACUUAACAGCAAACCCUUGGCCUGGUGUGGCGCAGCACCGUUGCCUGCCUCCCCAGGGCCUGGCGGUUCGGAGUCACCUCCAAACACCUGGGUGUCAGUUGGGGCAUAGAAAUCUGACUGUGAUCAUCUCAGGUUAGGAGUUUUUUUUAACAGACAUUUUUUUUCUGUUUUUACCGCAUAUCCCUGUAAGCCCUGUGGACUUUUUCCUCAUCCAUUGUGGUGUAGGUAUUAAGGGUGGGAGAAAUGAGGGCACCUUCAGGAUGUGGGACUAGAUAAAAAGGAUGGAUGGUGGACACACUUUGUUGAGGCCGAUUCUUCAGGACCACAAACUAAUGGGUGCUUAGCAUAAGCUGGGAAAGGUUUGUGACCCUUUGCAGCCUUCAGGGGCUUGCCUUGUUCCCCCUUAAAGUUGAGGGGCCUGUGGGGAAGACAUGUUAUAACAAGUAAACCUUCUG